CAUAAAAUACAUAUAUGCAUAGGAGUGCUAAGAGAGACAAGCUGUGUCACCCGAGUGCUCCGUCGUGGAGUCGAGUGCGCAGGGGUGCUCCGCACUCCUUGUGUGCAGGCUGGUGGAGUCACAGUCAUGAAAAGCCCACGAAGCAGACGCAACGGCGUUCACUUCCCUGCCAGCUGCUGGUAGCGAGUGGGUACUAGCCGGCAGCCCGUACCAGUACGGUACCGUACCGGAUGAAUGGUUUGGAGACGGUGAUGUACCUAUGGACGCAGGUUACCGCUUCCGGUUUUUGUGCACUACUAGCCACUGGGAUCGUUUCACUCGUGAAAAAGCCGUAAACGCGUCAAGCACAUCGUGUUGCAAAUACUGGGAUCUGGUGUUGGCCAAUUUUGGUCUGCCGAUGCGCCAUUGGGCGACACAAAGAUGGCUCUUUCAACGAAAAUUGGUCCGUACCGUACGGAAGCCAUCGGCCUCAAUUGUGGUGUAGCCAAGAUGGUCGAGUCGAAGCGAAUCUGAUCGAGACAUAAAAGAACUUUGUUCUGCUGAGUGCGUUCUGCAUUGCAUGCAACCUGCACGGCGCAUAAUACGAAUUGCCUACCAUGACGCCUGCAAAAUUAUCUGUCAUCUUUGGUGUUGUUUCUUCUCUCGUGGGGUCCAGUCUCGUACAGUUUGCCUUGGCCGAAGGCUUGAAAGGGGCAACUCACCCAACUCGGAGCCGUGCUCUACAGGACAUUGAUCUUGGUGAAAUCAUUGGGUUUGGUUGUUUCUCGGAACGAGCAACAGUGGAGGUACAAGGCCGCUCGGAACCUGUUCCAAUCAUGGAUCUACGUGUGGGGGAUCAAGUCUUGACAAAUGAUCGUUCCUAUGCUCCCGUCUAUGCCUUUGGGCACCGUCACACGAGCAAGCUGGCUUCAUUUGUGCAGAUUCAAACAGUCCAGGGGAGCUUGGAAAUAACGCCGGAACAUCUAGUGUUUCUCCACGGGGAGGCGUAUCCAGUGCGGGCUGAUUCGAUUCAGGAGGGUGAUGUGCUUCACGGGAAAGAUGGCAACUCCAGAGUCGAAGUAAUCGAAGUCGACAACGUUAUUCGGAAAGGCGUUUAUGCUCCCUUUACGACAACUGGGACAAUCGUUGUUGACGGAAUUGUGGCUUCUUCCUAUGUGGCUUUGCAAGUAGGCAGCAAAGACUACGUCCAAUUGAACAACGGAUGGAACGCCAUCCCGCACCACACCUACAUGCAUAUCGGGUUGUCUCCGCUGCGACAGGUAUGCUUGGGAUUGUCGCCUCGACUCUGCAGUCACGACGACAAUGAAGAGGGAAUGCCGUCCUAUGUGGCUUUUGCAAAGAAGUUUACUCAUGAUGUCCACAGCCAGAGCAUCGUGGUACAGGUGAUGGUCUUGCUGGGGACAGUGAUUCUCAUGACUGUCCUGGUUGCCGUUGAAUCGGUAUUCGGUGCGACCUAUGCAGCACCAAGAUAGUGUUAGCACACUUGCAGGAACCCACCUUUUGAUGCGGGCUUUGAAUGUUCGUGUAAGAGCCCACAUCAGUUUAUCCAAAGAAGCGGACACGUUGAAGUCUUGCCGCAAGGUCAGAACCGGAGCACUUGAACCAAGAAACGAACGUACCGUCACACACAAUGACAUUUGUAUGCUGUUGGUAUUGGCCAGCAAUUGAAGAUAUCAGACACUACACCGAGAAAGACCAACCCAAUAAUAUAUGGAGACAGUCCUUAUUAAGAAAUAUGAUUGUUUUUUGGC